AGAAGUUUACACAAAAAAUUACUUUAAUCAAUUUAAAGAGUCGAAAUCUGUUAAACUCCCAUUCAAAUGGAUGGCACUUGAAAGUCUUCACUAUGGAAUAUUCUCUGAAAAUUCAGACGUGUGGUCUUAUGGUGUUUUAUGUUGGGAAGUAUUUAGUGCUGGGAAAAUACCAUACUCUGGUAUGGAUCCAACAGGAUUAGUGGAACUACUGGAUGGUGGACAAAGGCUAAGCUGUCCUGAUAAUAAAGCCUGCUCAGAAGACAUUUAUUCCUUGAUGCAGCAGUGUUGGGCUGAGUCUCCUGAUGACAGGCCAUUGUUCAGUGAUUUGGUUGCAUCAGUCAAUGCUCUCAUUGUGCCAUUGGCUUCAUAUCUCAUUGUCUCUAAUGACUCAACCUUCCAACUGAAUCAUGAUCACAUAUAUUAUUGAAUACACUGUUUAUGCCUUUGGAACACUCACUGCCUUGUUUCCUUUAUACUAGCCUCUUUGGUUUUAUUUUAUUUUUUAGACUUGUGCAUUAUUUUAGGAAGGAAGGAUAUAGUCUAGUACUUAUUUUAUAAUAAUUAUUAAGAAACAUUUUUAU